AUGCGCUUCACUAUCUCACUCGUCACGGCGAUCGCGUCCGGCUCUGGGGCGCUUGCGGAACCAACAACUGCCCAUCCAAGAUCCGCAACAAUUUCUGGGCCAGAAACCACAGCUCAACCACUUGAGCUGCGAGACCUCAUCGGGGAUCCCACCCAAUGGUACCAGGUGCAGACUACAGCUAAACCUGACGAUUCCCUCUUGAUCGGCUUACGCAACUUUACUCAGCGGGACGGUGAUGUUGAUACGUACUAUUUUGAGUGCAUAAACGCCCCAUAUACAGUUAUCUCCGGGCAUGGAGGCUGCGGCCGUGAUGAUUUGUAUACCUCUUGCUCUAGUAACGUGGCCGCUGGUAUCGACGGUGAUAAGAUCAUCUGCACGAAGCGAGGCUCCAUUUGCGUCACAUACAGCAUCUUUGAUGAUUUGGAUGCCACUAGUUUCACACCUUUUCUUGGUUGUGGUGACCCGGGAGCUACUAACCUGGAGCUCGCUCGUACUUGGACUGGCUCUGCAGAUAAUCAAGCCACAAAGCCGCCAGAGUCGAGUUCGGAUAUUAGCCCUACUACGAAUUCUGGCGAGAUCCAGAGCAGUGGCACAGCUGAUGCACAGCCAACGGAGAAUAACGCGGGUUGUAGACAGGGAUCUACUGCUCAUUUACAGGUUUGGUUCGGACUCCUACUGGUUGGCGCAUUGCUCAAAUAG